UUGACCCGGAAGUAGUUGCUUCAAUGUGACUUCCCCGUUUAGCAUGCUACAUGUUAUGCUGUAAUAUUAUAUACGUAUUCAAUUGUUCUUUUCUCAGUUUUUUUCGGGGGAAAAAAAUGUUUCUUACCUCCGUCAACUUUGCCAAGGCUAAAUCAAAGACCGUCCUGGUGCAGAUGAUGAGCGCUGCGGGGACGGGCUACUUCUUCAACACCAAGAGGAACCGCCUCAGAGAAAAAUUGGUGCUGCGCAAAAAUGAUCCAUUUGUGAACAAGCAUGUCCUAUUCUUUGAGAAGAGGAAGAUCAGAUCUGUCUAAAAUGGACAUCAACACAUGGACAAUGAACCUGCAAUGUCAAGAACAACAUUAUCGUAGUGGAUUCCACAAGAAAACGGAAACAUCCAGAAACGAUUCUGCUGCGGUAUAAAAUAUUUAACAACAACUCAUUCAUGUUUUUUUAUUUGUAUCAAUUAACCACAACUUAUAAUAGAAGAACCUCUCAUCCCACGAGUAAAUUACACUGUCAGUUGUCUGCCAAAAAGUUAUCAUAUAAAGCUAUUCCAAGUAAAAAUGUUUUCAACUAAG